AUUCGACUUGAAGAUUCCUAUCUCACAGUUCAUACCACCAAUUGUAGUCGGGCUAAUUCCAAGUUAGAUUAAGACUCGGAAGAACUGCGAUAAGAAUAAGCUUCCACACGGCACCGGGAAACGCAUCCGCGCAGCAGAAAUGUAGGCCGACUCAUUAAGCUUAACCCUAACGCUUAUAGAUCUCCUGUUUUUCACUUGAGACUUCUGUUUAUCCACUUCUUUCACUUCUCUAGAAUCUUUCUCAGCAUUUCAUAAGCUUUCGCUUUGAAGCCGAGUUGAAGCGUCCAACAUGUCUACCACCUCUCAUGAAGGACUGACUGCUGUUGCCAGUAGCAUGCUGGCACUCUCGACUGUGUCUAUUGCUCUACGCUUUUAUUCUCGCCGUGUACAAAAAGCGCCAUUGAAAACAGAUGAUUGGAUUAUGCUACCAUGCCUUCUACUUCUUGGCGGCACCUGUGGCACUGCGCUCUAUGGCACAAACAAAAAGAUCCUAGGCUAUCCAACACCUAGUGAUAAAUCUUUAGCUUUGGAGACUGCUCCCAUAGCAUCAAAGCUCUACUUUGCCUUCGAUUUGUUCUCAAUUCUAACUCUAGGGUGUGUCAAAAUUAGCGCACUAUGCUUCUACUAUCGAAUCUUCUGCGAGCAUGGGCGCCGUACUGCCUUCCGAAUACUUGUCAUUAUAAGCAUCGUCGUAUGCUCUCUUUGGGUUACAGCAUUUUGUAUACUGCUUGGACUGUCAUGUGGAUCUCACUUCUCAGCCCUAUGGACUUCUAGCAAGGCGAUAUUCUUGCAGUAUUGUGGAACAAGACCUCACCAAUUCUUGCUGAGUUUGUCUAUCUCGGAUUUUAUACUGGACUUCUGGAUCAUUGCUCUUCCUAUCCCUCAGAUUUUAACUAUCAAAACGACUCUCACACGUCGUUUCGCUAUUAUUGGCGUGUUUCUCUUAGCAUUUGUAGGCUUCGGAGCUUGCAUUGCGAGGCUGGCAGUUUUUGUGGAGCUCGACAAUCUUCCCGCGACCAAGAAAGUUGACUCGAGACUAACAAAUACGAAAUCUAUCUAUCUAUCCAUUCUCGAAGUAGGUCUCAGCUGCGUUGCAGUCAACCUUCCGUCGCUUUACUACCUUUCGCACAAAGUCACACCGGAGAACGUGCUUCGCAGUGUACGCAGUAUUAUUUCUCUUCGAUCCAUUGGCUCUCAAAACAGCAAAGGAUACCAGAAAUCAAAAUCAAGCAAGGACAACCAAAGCGUUGAGAGUCCUUCAUUGUCUAAUUUGAGACCAGAUGAUGUCAUGGCUAUUGAGACACAUGCCAUGUAUGAUUUGGAGAGCACGGGACAAGUCUCUGUUCCAAAUGAUGUGCAUGUCACAAAGACUUUAUCGCAAUCGUCACAAAGACUGUGAUGGUAAAUGUAUGAGAUGGUCUGGAUGGCUACUUCAGUGGCUGAGUCAUUCUCAAAAUACACAGCGGCUGAAGUAAAGUUCUUGAUUUCAGUGGAGGGUUUAUGAAUUAACUCUCAAUAAAGUAGCUAGCUAUAAGGGCACUAUUGAUUGUUAAUAAAAACAUUCGGUAUAUUCUAUCGAAGAAAU